CUCCAUCUCCGUUCUAAGCGGAGGAAAUCCGCAAGCUACUGUAAAUGGAUUUUGAAAGGUAAAACAAGAACAGAGAGAGAGAGAGAGAUUUUGAAAGGUAAAACAAGAACAGAGAGAGAGAGAGAGAGAGUGCGUUGACUUCGUCUUCCAUCUUCUGCGUUCCACGCGUUUGUUUCAAUGGAAGUCGGGGACGAGGGAGAAAAGACGACGUCGUUCUUUUACCAGUCAGAGUUCUGGAGAAACAGAGAGAGAAGACCGAGCUUGACAUCUCAGAGAUGCCUUCCUUCGCUACCUUCCAAACCGCUACCCUACGUUUUCCCUCUCUCUACAUAUUUUCAGAUUGCAUCACUUCCAGUCGUCUCCUUCGAUUUCAUAGAAGAAGCACAAAACCCUAAAAUAUCUCUCUCUCUUUAUAUAUAUAUGUAUAUUUGUAUAUUUCUCUCUGCCUUUGAACUUGUACUAGUUGUUUGAAACGAAGAAUUGGUUUGGAAAAACCUAGUCUCCGUCGCCUUGAUCUGUCUUCUGUCUUGUCUUAAUCUUCUCUUCUUCAUUCUCAUUCUUUGACGUACCUAUCCCUGUGAGUCUGUUUCUCUCUUAUACCUUGUAUUUUACGUUCUGCAGAGGGCCAAGAAGAGUAUUCAUUCUCACACACACGCACACAUAUAUAAGAAACACAGUUCGAUUUAUCAAAGAGAACUCUCUCUCUCCCUCUCUCUCUCUCUCUCUCUGUCUUUGUGCUCGAACAUGGAAAAUAGAACAUUUUCGGAGGAGGUUUCCGAGGCGACAACGUCUGCGGAACAAUUUGCUUCUCUAGAAAAAGACUGGGAAACGGAGAGCGAGGUGUUCCUCGAAUUCUCUGUUUUUGUCGAGAAAUUGGAUCAAAUUAUCACUGAAAUCAAGCAGAACAAGGCCAUGAGCAAGCCGCAGAUUCGAAAAGCAGUUGAAUCACUCGAAGAGAAGCUGGGGCGAGCCAAGGCCUUGACUCGAAGCGCCAAUUGCGGAGCGCAAUUGAAGAAGCAGAUCGAAGGCCUGACUCACGAUUUGGGAAGGUCAUUAGGGCUUGUGCUCUUCGCCAGUCACGACGUUUCGAUGGAAAACAGAGAAAACAUUGAGGCACUGCGGAAAGAAAUGAUGAGUGUGAGGUUCGAUUCGAGCUUGGAAUCGGAGUCGGUGAACGAUUUUGGAACAGAAGAAACAGGGGAAACAGAGCAAACAGGGGAAGAAGCAAGAAGUGAGAUAGAGGAAGAGAUUUUGGAAGUUGAAACUACUCUCAACCUUGAAGAUGUUGUUUUGCAGCUGAAAUAUGGAAGUGAUGAUGAAUUCAGAUCAGCAAUUUUGGCGUUAAAUAUGGCAUUUCGGGAUGGUUCGAUCACCAAUGAGUGGAUUAGUGAUGAAGGCGUGAUCCCAAUUCUGUUUAACCGGCUGGGUUCAAGUAAGCCUAUUAAUCGGUUGACUAUAAUUCAGAUACUCAGAAUUCUAGCAGCAGUGAAUGCUGAAAACAUGGACAAGAUGGCAGACGUAGGAUGUUUAUCGACAUUGGUAAAAUCUUUGGCACGGGAUGAGAAGGAGCGGAGGGAGGCUGUUGGGCUGCUGUUGAGUCUCUCGGAUGUUCCUACAGUUCGAAGAAGGAUUGGGAGGAUUCAAGGGUGUAUACUUAUGUUGGUUGCCAUCUUAAAUGGGGAUGAUCCUGCUGCUUCGCAGGAUGCAGGCAAGUUGUUGAAUGCUUUGUCAAGCAACACACAGAAUGCUCUUCAUAUGGCAGAGGCUGGUUACUUCAAGCCUAUAAUUCAGUACCUUAAGGAAGGUUCAGAUAUGAGUAAAAUACUCAUGGCAACUGCACUUUCAAAAAUGGAGCUUACUGAUCAAAGUAAAGCUUCUCUUGGAGAAGGUGGGGCAAUUGAACCACUUGUGAAAAUGUUUAAUUGUGGGAAGCUUGAAGCAAAAUUAUCGUCUCUAAACGCAUUGCAGAAUUUAUCCAGUUUGAAAGAAAACAUCCUACGUUUGAUCAGCACGGGCAUUGUAUCAUCUCUGCUUCAGCUGCUCUUCUCUGUGACGUCCGUCCUGAUGACUCUCAGGGAACCGGCGGCAGCCAUUCUUGCAAAGAUUGCUCAGUCUGAAUCUAUUCUUGUCAACCAAAAUGUUGCACAACAGAUGCUCUCACUUCUAAACCUUUCCAGUCCAGUAAUUCAGCAUCACCUCUUACAAGCACUGAACAGCAUUGCAUCCCAUCAUGGUGCAUCCAAAAUUAGGAGGAAAAUGAAGGAAAAUGCUGCAAUUCAGCUCCUCCUGCCCUUUCUGACUGAAACUAACUCCAAGACCAGGACUGGUGCUUUGGAAUUAAUAUACACCCUAUCUAAAGAUUCACCAGUCGAGCUAACAGAGCAGCUAGGAGAAACCCAUCUCAAUAUUAUUAUAAAUGUUAUAUCAUCAGCGGUAGCUGAGAGUGAAAGGGCUGCUGCCGUUGGCAUACUAAGUAGCCUUCCAGUCAGCAAUAAGAAAGCAACAGAUAUACUCAAGAGAGCAAACGUACUGCCCACUCUGUUCUCGAUAAUGAAUUCAGGCCCAAUGACUUCAACACAGACAAGCUGCUCGCUAGCUGAGAGCAUUGCAGGUUUGCUUAUUCGCAUCACAGUUCCAUCCGAUAAGAAGCUACAACAAUUUUCUGUUGAACAAGGGGCAAUACCAUUUCUUGUCAGAUGUCUUUCAAACGGUUCGCCAGUCACUAAAUGUAGAGCUGCAACCUCACUAGCUCAACUAUCACAAAAUUCAUUAUCCCUCAAGAAGUCCAGAAAAUCAAGUUGGUUCUGUGUAUCUCCUCCUGCAGAUUCGUUUUGUGAAGUUCAUGAUGCUUACUGUUCCGUCCAGAGCACAUUUUGUUUGAUCAAGGCUGGUGCUGUUUCUCCGUUGAUUCAAAUUUUGGAAGGUAAUGAUACGGAAGCAGAUGAAGCUGUUCUCAGUGCUCUUGCCACUCUUCUACAAGACGAAAUUUGGGAAAGUGGGAGCAAUUGCAUAGCCCAAGUGUCAGGUGUUAAUGCCUUGAUAAAAGUACUGGGACGAGGGACCAUCAAGUCUCAGGAGAAAGCACUAUGGAUCUUGGAAAGAAUUUUCAGAUCUGAGGAUCAUAAAGAACAAUAUGGGAAAUCUGCUGAGGCAGUGCUUAUUGAUCUAGCACAAAAUGGUGAUCUGAAACUAAAAUCAAGUUGUGCCAAGUUAUUAGCCCAAUUCGAGCUCUUGCAACAUCAAUCAAGCUAUUUUUGAUGUUCUACAUCAACUAGGCAGGUGUUCUCUUAUAAUUUCAUUCUGUCCUCUGUAUUUAUAGUUUAUGCCUCCAAUUUUCUUUAAAUUAAAUAGGAUGGUGAGGAGUUUGAGCACCAGGAAUCCAAAAAAUUCUGAUGUAAAUAGAAAAAUCAAUGGAAAAUGCACAUAAGAUGAUUCAACUGCAAAAAUAAGAUACAAGUAUUUCCUUGAA